AUGUUGACCCUGGUGGUGGCGACCACCGUGGACCCGGCCUCCAUUGGCCCAGCCUCGGCGCUGUUAGCCAUGCCUGGUUGGCAACUUGGCCCCUCCUGGCAGGAGGAUGCACAAAGCUAUGUAAACGAGGAGGUGAGGCUAAUAAAAUUAGAUAACCGCCUUGUCAAGGAGGACCACUUAGAUAAACGGUGGGAGGAGGCAACUGGUGAGUCUGUGGAUGAGGUCAUGUUUCUUAGCAAGCAAGUUGCUUCUUCAAAAAGACGUGCUUUCACAAUUCACCCUAUUGGCAUGAACAAAAUUCGUAUGUACAGUACUCCACAUAUUGGUGAAGGUGAGGUUCUAGUUGCUGGUGAAAAGGUAGGGUGGGCAGCACCUCCAAAUCCUAGGAUAGGGCCAUGGUUGAGACUCUUGAGGACCAUUUCUGCAUCACAUAAUCUGUCUCCUGAAUUUGAGGUAACCUUGGAGGCUACUUAUCAUGGACCAGUAAUUAAUUCACCAACCAUGUUUGCAGAGAUUGGUAGUACGGAAGAGUACUGGAGGAGGCAGGGCGCUGCACAGGCCAUUGCUCUAUUAGUGUGGCAAGGAUUGGGUCUUGGAGAUGGCAUUGCUGUGGGAGACUGUCCUAGGAAUAACGGCAGAAGCAAAAUCCUUCUUGGAAUAGGUGGUGGGCAUUAUGUGCCACGGCAUCUGGAUGUUGUUUUAAAAGAUGGCGUUUGGGUAGGCCAUCUGCUCUCUGGGUAUUCCUUACCAAUGGAAGAUCCUAUUCCUAGCCAACCAAAAGUACCAGUGAAUGCUAAUGCUGUGGGUGGAACUUGGAGGGAAUCAAAAGUUGCAUUUGAGGCUACCAAAUUGGCUUUACCUGGGGGAGAAGUUCUAGCCCAUCUUGAUCAAAAGAGUUUCAAGAGUUGGCAGAGGAAUGCAAUAACAGGUUUCUUGGUGGAGCAGAACAUAAAGAUUGGUAAACCCAGUGACAUUUGAUACUGUAAGAAAAAGUUGGUUAUUGAUUUCCUCUUGCAAUGUCUGUUAUUAUUGCAAAUAACAAUUUAUUUAGAAGGACCACUGCCCAUUUGAUUUUAAUAUUAUUUCCUAUUUUACUGCAA